AUGUUGGCAUUCCUGCACACCGCAGCAGUUGCUGCCCUGCCGGGCAUGCGAAAGGUGCGAGACGAGCGUCAGAGAUUGUGGCCAUUGAUAACGCUUUCGGUUGUGCGGCGAGAGCGUCCCGACCCGUUCUGGUUUUGUGAGCGGCGUCAAGAGCCGACCUCUGUCGCUGGGAGAUUUCAGAGUUGGCAAGAUUCUUGGCGCAGAGCACUUGAAAGCCGCCACACAACCCGCGGUCCGGUCCCUCCCCCCCUCCGCAGAAUUCAUCAGUGUGAAGGUCUUGCCCGCCCAGUUCAAGGCUGCUGCACUGCAAGACGGGCGUGUGGGUGUAUUCCAUUGAUAGCUGCAGGUGAGGGCUGGCCCGAUGAAUGACCGCCGGAAGCGCAUCAUGGAGGGGGCGGACCGCGGCAUCGACCCGUACAAGCCCCCGCAGGUGGAGAUGAAGCUGCUCGGUGAGUCACACGCACACAUGGCCCCUCCCACCACACACACAGACACACACACCAAUUGCAUCCCCUGUGGUAUUGUGGGGGUGCCCUUGUCGGUCUGUAUGUCUGUCAGGCACCGUCAUCCGCGGCCUCUUGCGGCCCCUGCUCGACACACACGCGGGAGACCAGCAGGUCCGCACCGCCGAUGAGGCCGCCUGGCCAAGGCGACAUACAUCCAGUUGGUGGCGCCUCUCAUUGGGCAGCAGAUCGUCGUCAAGGACAAGAACGGCAACCCGGUGCCCCCGCUCAGCCAUCGGCAUGGUCAAGUACCUCAGGAAGAGCCGGGUGGCUGAGGCGUCCAUGCCAUCGGAGGACACCACUAAGAAGGCAGUAAGAUGGCAGAGCACGCCCUCAGAAAGUGAUUCAUCGACGUUCCUUGCGUGCGCUAUCUUCAGCAGCAGCAGCAGCAGCACAAGUUGA